AUGAGAGAGGGUAUUAAUACCACAGGCCACCAUCAUCCACAAGGAAUGAGAGAUGUUACUAAUACCACAGGCCACCAUCAUCCACAAGGAAUGAGAGAUGGUAAUUAUACCACAGGCCACCAUCAUCCACAAGGAAUGAGAGAGGGUAAUAAUACCACAGGCCACCAUCAUCCACAAGGAAUGAGAGAUGGUAAUUAUACCACAGGCCACCAUCAUCCACAAGGAAUGAGAGAUGGUACUAAUACCACAGGCCACCAUCAUCCACAAGGAAUGAGAGAUGGUAAUAAUACCACAGGCCACCAUCAUCCACAAGGAAUGAGAGAUGGUACUAAUACCACAGGCCACCAUCAUCCACAAGGAAUGAGAGAUGGUACUAAUAUCACAGGCCACCAUCAUCCACAAGGAAUGAGAGAUGGUACCUAUACCACAGGCCACCAUCAUCCACAAGGAAUGAGAGAGGGUAAUAAUACCACAGGCCACCAUCAUCCACAAGGAAUGAGAGAUGGAAAAACGUAUGAAUAG